AUGGGUUUGCAUGCUGUUUUUGUUUCUGUAUGCGUGUGUGUACAGCAAAAGCAAGUUUCAUUAGAGAGGAUAAAGUUCUAUUUACUCUGCUCAAGGCUCAGCCUGCUCUGUGUCUGUGUGCGCGCACAUCAUUGGACACCGUGCCACACACACACAGACUCCUCCUACUUUUGCCUUCGCAGACACAGACACACACACACUCUUUCUUUCUGCUCUACACAGAAACACUUCUCUGUCGAGAUUCUUUUCAAAGGACAGUUAAAGCGGUCCAUGGCCUGGUUUCUUUCUUCUAAACUGCUGCUGCUGGCAUGUUUUGUGGUUGUGGCAGCUUUACUGUUUCAGAUUUUUAAGCAACAGAGCAACGUUUUAAAUGAACAAAUAACAGAAUUAGGUGGUGAGCUUCGAAUCCAGCUAAUCGGGAAGACGGGUGUAGGCAAGAGUGCAACAGGAAACACCAUCCUUGGAAAAAAGGUUUUUGAAUCUGAGAUCGCCUCUUCCUCUGUUACUACAGAGUGUAAAAAAGCCAAUGGAAGUGUACAUGGCAGGAAAGUGCAUGUUAUUGACUCUCCAGGCCUGUUUGACACUCAGUUAUCUGAAGAUGAGGUGGUCGAUCGCAUUAAGCUGUGCAUUCCACUUUCUGCUCCAGGACCUCAUGUUUUCCUAGUUGUGAUUCAAAUAGGUAGAUUUACAGAAGAAGAAGUACAAACAGUUAAGAUAUUUCAAACCAUUUUCGGGGAAAAGUCUUCCAGUUACACUAUGGCUCUUUUCACUCAUGGAGAUAAACUGGAGCAGAACAAUAUUCAUCAAUUUGUCCGCAAUAACACAAAGCUUUUGAAUUUCAUCAGAAAAUGCAGUGGUGGAUACCAUGUGUUCAAUAAUGAAGAUCCGAAUCCAAAACAAGUCAUCCAGCUACUGGACCAGAUUGAUCAGGUGGUCACUUUAAAUGGUGGAGAUCAUUACACUACAGAGAUGCUUCAGGAAGCAGAGAGAUUAGUAGAAGCAGAGAAACAGCGGAUCCUGAAAGAGAAUGAAGCAAAAAGACAAAAGGAGAUAGAAGAACUAAGGACUAAGCUUGAAGGGGAAGCAUUGGAAAAAGCAAGAAAGAAACUUCAAGGGGAACAAAGGAAGAAGUGGUGAUGGUGGAGUCACAAAUGAUUUAAUUUUAAAUUAAGCUAAAUGAUUCUUCUACUUUAGUGUGAUUACAAACGCACAAUUAAAUUAAUUACCCAAUUGUGGAAAAACGUUUAUUGGCCUACAAUUGUAUUUGAGUGUGAAGUACAAAAUACCCAGAAGGCCUCUGUUCAAGAGGCCUUGAUCCGCUCGUUACAAUAAAGAAGAAGGCGCCUGCAGGACAAAUUGGGGAAGUGAGAAAUAUACAGGUAGAAGGAAAAGUAUGCAAAGUGUGAACAAAGAACAACCCGUACACACAGAGUGCAAGAAAUUGAGGAACUUUAAUGAAGUGGAAAAAUACAGAAAA